CAGUGAUAAAAACGGACCAAGAGAGAGAAAUAUACAGAGAGAGAGGAAAGUAAUAUGAAGAAAAUCCCAGGGAACGAUAUCUUCGCAUCAGAGUGCCUACCCCUGUUGAGCCAACCACCAGCCCCUGUCUCGUUCAUCUCCGACCAGCCCUUCCGUACAACCAUGCCUCUAGCCAGGACCCGUGGAUUUCCACCCCAGCACGGGAGGCCUGUCCGGGGGCUUUGCCUCCGACCAUCACUGCCCUGCCUGCUCCUCCUGCCUUCCCUGCUCCUCCUAAUUGCUUCUUUGAGCGACGUGUGCGAAGCCCUAGCAAAGCCCUGGUUCACCAAGACCCCCACCGACCAGAUCGGGGUCUCGGGGGGAGUGGCGUCGUUCGUGUGCCAGGCCUCGGGGGACCCCAAGCCCCAGGUCGUGUGGAACAAGAAGGGCAAGAAAGUGAACUCCCAGCGUAUCGAGACCAUCGAGUACGACGACGGGGCGGGGGCCGUGCUGCGGAUCCAGCCCCUGAGAGCCCCCAGGGACGAGAACAUCUACGAGUGCGUGGCGCAGAACAGCCAGGGCGAGGAGGCCGUCACCGCCAAGCUGGCCAUCAUCCGAGUGCGCCGCGUCCCCCCUCGUUUCUCCAUCCCCCCCUCGAGCCACGAGAUCAUGCCGGGGGGCAGCGUGAACAUCACGUGCGUGGCGGUGGGCUCGCCCAUGCCCUAUGUCAAGUGGAUGCUGGGCACCGAGGACCUGACCCCCGAGGACGAGAUGCCCAUCGGACGCAACGUGCUGGAGCUCACCGGGGUGCGCGAGUCGGCCAACUACACCUGCGUGGCCAUGAGCAGCCUGGGCAUCAUCGAGGAGGCGGCGCAGGUGUCCGUCAAGACUCUGCCCAAGCCCCCCGGCACCCCCAUCGUCACGGAGACCACGGCCACCAGCGUCACCAUCACCUGGGACUCGGGCAACCCGGACCCCGUCUCCUACUACAUCAUCCAGUACCGCGCCAAGGCCCCCGACAGCAAGUACGAGACGGUGGACGGCAUCACCACCACGCGCUACAGCAUCGGGGGCCUGUACCCCAACACCGACUACGAGAUCCGCGUGUCGGCCUUCAACAGCAUCGGCCAGGGCCUGCCCUCCCUGAGGGUGGAGGCCCGCACCGGGGAGCAGGCGCCCGCCAGCCCGCCCCGCAACGUCCAGGCCCGCAUCAUCUCCAGCAACGCCGUGAUGGUCCGCUGGGAGGAGCCGGAGGAGCCCAACGGACAGGUGAAGGGGUACCGCGUGUACUACACCAUUGACCCGUCGCGGCCUAUGAACGAGUGGCAGAUCCACAACGUUCAGGACAGCGUGAUCACCACCAUCCAGUACCUGAUCACCUCCGAGACGUACCACAUCCAGGUGUUGGCCUUCACCUCUGUGGGCGACGGGCCCUUCUCAGAGCCCGUGCUCGUCAAAGUCAUGCCUGGAGUGCCGGGCCAACCGGGGAAGUUUAAGGUUGGCAAGGUGACGGAAACCAGCAUCGAGCUGACCUGGGAGCCGGCCUACACCAAGGAGGGCAUCGUCAACUACGAGCUGCUCUACAAACCUGUCAAGUUUGGAAGUUUGGAGAAGCUGACCUUUGGGCCCAGGAACUCUUACACGGUGGAGGGGCUGAAGGCCAACACUGAGUACUCCUUCACCCUGGCUGCCAUCUCCAACAAGGGCAUCGGGGCUUUCACCAACGAGCUGGUGCAGAGGACAUCACAAGCCAAGCCCGGGGCUGCACCCGAGGGCGUGUCCUGUGAGAGCGCCAGCUCCACCUCCCUGAGGGUCAGGUGGACUCCGCCUCCGCCGGGGGGGGCGGGGGGCGGCGCGGCGCGCUACGAGCUGAGCUACUGGCCGCUGCCAGGCGAGUCGGGGAGGGAGGCCCUGCCCAGGGGCCCGGGGCCCCAGAGGCUGGAGGUGGCCCAGGACGCGGGCCAGGCGCUGGUGACGGGGCUGAGGAAGUGGAGCUGGUACAACGUGUCCCUGGCCUCGGGGCCGUCCUCCGACGGGGAGGGGCCCCGGAGCCCCCCGCUGCUCUGCAGGACCGCCGAGGACGUGCCCGGGGCAGCCCCACGUCAGAUAGAUGUCAAGCCGCUCAACUCCUCAGCAUUUAGAGUGGGCUGGCGAUCGGUGUUGCCGCGGUUACAGCAGGGUCAGAUCCGCGGGUACCAGGUGCACUACAGCCGCGUGGAGGGGGGGGAGUCGCGGACCCUGCCCCGCAUCAAAGACCUGCUGCUGGACGACGCCCAGAUGGAGGCGGAUGACUCCACUCAGUAUGAAAUGAUUUUGGGGGGGCUGCGAGCAGAGACUCUGUACUCUGUCUCCGUGGCCGCUUACACCACCAAAGGGGACGGGACCCACAGCAAAGCCAAGCUGGUUCCGACCCCAGGGAGAGUCCCCGGCCCCCCGUCCCUGUGGCUGCGUCCAGUGGCGGGCCCCGCCGUGGUGGCUCGGUGGGCGGCCCCCCCGGGGGACCCAGAGACGGGCUCCGCCUCCCAGGGGCCACCGGUUGAAGUCCAGGGGUACCGCCUGCAGUUUGGGCCGAAGAACUCGUCCCUCGGCACCCCGCUGGACCUCACCGCCCAGAACCGGACCUACACGGUGCGGAAGGGCCUCCGCGAGGGCUCCACCUACGUCUUCCUCCUCUCCGCCCGGAGCCGGGCGGGCUACGGACAGGGAGUGCGUCAGGAGAUCCAAAUCCCCGAGUACCCGCCGUCGGGAUUCCCCAGAAUAGGGGACUCUGUGAACGCCACCUGCUGCUCCCUCCAGCUCUCCUGGCUACCCCCUCCCCCGGAGGAGCGCCACGGAGCCAUCACAGAGUACACCUUGGCCUACAGAGAGGCCGAAGAGCUGGCCAGGCCGUCGUCCGUGGCCUCGGCCGGCUCCACCGCCGUGCCUGGCUCGAUAGUGGGGGCUGGCGGCACUGCGACGCCUGGCCCCGGUGCCGCCGCCGCCGCCCCCCUGUACCAAGUGUCUAUCCCCGCCUCCGAGUCUGAGUACACCAUCCUCGGCCUUAACCACAGCUCAGCCUAUGAGCUCCAGCUCAGGGCCCACACCAAGGCGGGGGCGGGCCCGCUCAGCCCACCGCUGGUGUGCCGAACCCUGGCCCUUGAGACAGAUGUGCCCAGGAACUUCUCCGUCAAUUUAGCCACAAAGACCAGCGUUCUUCUGACCUGGGAGUUUCCAGAGAGCACCUAUCCGUAUCGCUUUACUGUGGAGUACAACCGGCAGAAGAUGGAGGUGGACGCGCGGCUCCGGAAGGCGGUGAUCCCCAACCUGCAGCCCGACACCAGCUACGACUUCAAGAUCACCUCCCCGGAGGGCAACAUGGGGGGCCUGCGCCACCGCAUCAACGCCAAGACCUCCCCGCCCAUCACCAUCCGCCGGCCCGAGGUGGACCACACCCGCGACUCGGAGACCACCGUCACCAUCAUCCUGCCCUCUCUGGAGACCCGCACGCCCGUCAAGAACGUGUACGUGGUGGUGGUGCCACUGAGGAGAGCCAAAGGCGCCAUCAAACACCUUAAGAGCCCAGAUGAAAUGGACCUGGAGGAGCUUCUCAAAGACAUCAGUCAGCGGCAGCGGGACACGCGGCAGCAGAAGCAGGUGGACCUCCGGAGGGCGUACAUCACCGCCCGGUUCACGCCGGGCACCCUGCCCGCCUUCUUCACCCUGGGGGACCAGCUGGACUACGGCGGCUUCGAGAACCGGGCCCUGGAGCCGGGCCAGGAGUACGUCUUCUUCAUCCUGGCCGAGCUCAACGCCACCACCGGGAAGAUGUACGUAGCCAGUCCCUACACUGACCCUGUGAUCGCCCCGGACUCGGACCCUCAACCCUUGGACGCCGGGGACGGUCUGAUCUGGGUGGUGGGACCCGUCCUGGCGGUGGUCUUCAUCAUCUGCAUCGUCAUCGCUAUACUCCUCUACAAGAACAAGCCUGACAGCAAACGCAAGGACUCUGAGCCCGGCACGAAGAGCCUGUUGAGCAACGCAGAGAUGAUGGCCCACCACCCCACCGACCCCGUGGAGAUGAGACGCAUCAACUUCCAGACCCCCGGGAUGAUGAGCCAUCCUCCGAUCCCCAUCAACGAGCUGGCCGAGCACACAGAGCUGCUGAAAGCCAACGACAACCUGAGACUCUCUCAGGAGUACGAGUCUGUGGACCCCGGCCAGCAGUUCACCUGGGAGCACUCCAACCUGGAGGUCAACAAGCCCAAGAACCGCUACGCCAACGUCAUCGCCUACGACCACACCCGCGUCAUCCUGGCCCCCAUCGACAGUAUCCUGGGCAGCGACUACAUCAACGCCAACUACAUCGACGGCUACAGGAAGCAGAACGCCUACAUCGCCACCCAGGGGCCGCUCUCCGAGACCUUCGGGGACUUCUGGAGGAUGGUGUGGGAGCAGAGGGCCGCCUCCGUUGUCAUGAUGACGCGGCUGGAGGAGAAAUCACGGGUGAAGUGCGACCAGUACUGGCCCAGCAGAGGAACGGAGACCUACGGUAUGAUCCAGGUCACCCUGCUGGACACCAUGGAGCUGGCCACCUUCUGCGUCCGCACCUUCUCCCUGCAUAAGAGCGGGGGCAGCGAGCGGCGGGAGGUGAGACAGUUCCAGUUCACGGCCUGGCCGGACCACGGCGUGCCGGAGUACCCCACCCCCUUCCUCAACUUCCUGCGCCGGGUCAAAGCCUGCAACCCGCCGGACGCCGGGCCAAUCAUCGCUCACUGCAGUGCCGGCGUGGGCCGCACCGGCUGCUUCAUCGUCAUCGACGCCAUGCUGGAGCGCAUCCGCCACGAGCGCACCGUGGACGUGUACGGCCACGUCACGCUCAUGCGCUCCCAGCGCAACUACAUGGUGCAGACGGAGGACCAGUACAGCUUCAUCCACGAGUCUCUGCUGGAGGCGGUCGCCUGCGGCAACACGGAGGUGGCCGCGCGGAGCCUCUACUCUUACAUGCAGAAGCUCUCGCAGGUGGAGACCGGAGAGCACGUCACCGGCACCGAGCUGGAGUUCAAGCGGCUUGCCAACACCAAAGCCCAUACGUCCCGCUUUGUGACAGCCAACCUACCGUGCAACAAAUUCAAGAACCGCCUGGUGAACAUCAUGCCCUACGAAACCACGCGCGUGUGCCUCCAGCCAAUCCGCGGCCUGGAAGGCUCCGAUUACAUCAACGCCAGCUACAUCGAUGGAUACAGGCAGCAGAGAGGGUACAUCGCCACCCAGGGUCCGCUGGCUGAGACUACAGAGGACUUCUGGAGGAUGCUCUGGGAGCACAAUUCCACCAUCGUGGUCAUGCUCACCAAACUGAGAGAGAUGGGCCGGGAGAAGUGCCACCAGUACUGGCCGGCUGAGCGUUCAGCCAGAUACCAGUACUUUGUGGUGGACCCAAUGGCCGAGUACAACAUGCCGCAGUACAUCCUCAGAGAGUUCAAAGUCACCGACGCCCGGGAUGGCCAAUCACGCACAGUCCGUCAGUUCCAGUUCACCGAUUGGCCGGAGCAAGGUGUGCCCAAGUCAGGUGAAGGCUUCAUCGAUUUCAUUGGUCAAGUGCACAAAACAAAGGAGCAGUUUGGCCAGGAUGGACCAAUCAGCGUUCACUGCAGUGCUGGCGUGGGGCGGACCGGCGUCUUCAUCACCCUGAGCAUCGUGCUGGAGAGGAUGCGGUACGAGGGCGCGGUCGACAUCUUCCAGACUGUCAAGAUGCUGCGCACGCAGAGGCCCGCCAUGGUGCAGACGGAGGACGAGUACCAGUUCUGCUACCAGGCGGCGCUGGAAUACCUGGGGAGCUUUGACCACUAUGCAACAUAAAUGAAGAGAGAGGGACCAGAAGCACCUCCUCCCUCCUCCUCCUUUCCUUUUUCAUUUUUUUUUUUUGCUCUGAGGUCACAAACAAACAAGACAGAGAGGGGACUGAACGCGGACGAGAGGAAGAGGAGACCAACCCUUCUUACAAUCAAAACCUUCGAUUAAGACCAAAUUCAAUGACGAUCGCAAAACUAACAAACAAA